CUGUGGUACGUGUUCUUGGGGGAAAUUGUAUAAGCAAAACUAGAUUCCAAUUCAAAGCAUCUUCAUCUCUCCAUCUGGAUCUUGUUCUUCCUUCCCCGUGAAGUUGGCAGCAGUAAAGCAGACAACUUGAGAAUGGAAUGAAGAGAUUCAUUGAAUAACAAACAAUAGAAGCUUCUGUGAAUGGAGAAGCCGCAACAGCUGAAAUCGCUUUCACCUCAAGACUGGGAGACCCUUUUUGAUGAUUUCCAGUUUGGAGGAGCCCGUCGGGAGAGAUGGGUUUCCUCCAAUUACAAUGGGUUUUCUCUUCUAGAACUCGCUCUCUCUUCCAUCCUUCGAAAGGACUUUCCUAUCAAUGGUAAGCUCCAUAUUAUCGUUUUCCUAGAGGAGUACUCAUACCUUCUCUUCUGUCAAGAGGACAGUUCCGAUCUUCAGUCAUCGAUUUCCGAUCAAGUACUAACUCGCUUUGUUGAAUCCCUAAUCGUAAUCAUUCAAGCCCCAAUUGAUGGAGUCUCCGUUACCUAUGCUCUCAAAGAGCAGAUGAUGAUAUCCACAACUUCAAUUCUCAUUACCCUUAAAGAAGAUGAUGAAUUUCUCGAUUCCAACAACCUGCGCCAGCUUGAGAGCUUGACUGAAUUACUCCUGACUGUUAUCAAUCGACCAAACCAUGGACCCGACCGGCAGAUUAGAGCGGCGGCCUGUGAGUGUCUCCGCCAAUUGGAGAGAGCUCACCCUUGCCUUCUCUCUGAAAUAUCUGGCCGUCUUUGGGGAUUAUGCCAGAGUGAACGAACUCACUCAGCUCAAAGCUAUAUUUUGUUAUUAACUACUGUAAUCCACUGUAUCUUGAUCUAUAAGCCUAAUGUCUCCAUCCUUAAUUCUUCGAUUACUUUAGUCCCUUUCAAUGUUCCUCAGUUCUUAACCAGUGGUGGCCGCGGUUUCAGUUCAGAGAUAUCUAACUCAACCCACAAGGAGUUGAGGAGAGUGAUGUCUUUCUUAUUGGAAUGGCCUCAGUUUCUCACCUCUUGUGGUGUUAUGGAGUUCAUGUCUAUGAUUGUACCCAUGACUUCGGCUCUGGACUUACAAGUCUCGUUGUUGAAGGUGCAGUUCUGGGGCCUCCUUCAUACUUACGAUCCUUUGCUAUGGCACACUUACUUAACUCUGUUUUCUCAUUUUCUGGUUGCUUUUGAUGGGCAAGAGAGUGAAAUUGCUAGCCGCCUUGUCUCAAUCUCAAGAGAGUCGCAACAUUUAUUGGCUUUCCGGUUGCUGUCAUUGGAAUGGCUAAUAGGUUUCAUUGUUUUAUUGAAAGAAGAGGGGAAAAGGAAAGCAAUUAUGAAGAAGAUGAGCUUGAACUUCUAUCCAGCUGUUUAUGAUCCCCUUGCUCUAAAGUUAAUGAAGCUUGACCUGAUUUCUUAUUCUUUUAUUCUAUUUCACGAUUAUAAAUCCAAAGACACGGAAGCUUCUUCAUCGCCUGAUCGUGUGAAUUCUGAUGCAUCUGUGGUGAAGUUGUUUAAAGAUGGUUUUAUUUCAGUUUCAUCUUUAAAAUGGUUACCUGCUUGGAGCUCUGAAACAGCUGUAGCAUUCCGUUACUUCCAUAAAUUUUUGAUAGGUUCUUCGUCUCAUUCUGAUGUUGAUCCUUUUCCCAGUAAAAAUCUAACUGAAUCGACAAUCUUCUGCAACUUACAGAAGAACCUGGUGGCAUUAGCACUAGAGUCUAAAGGUCUGGUUCCUGUGAUAGUUGCACUGAUAACUCGUUUGACAGUAUGCCACAAACAUCACUUGUUAGGCAACCACAUGCUUCAAACGCUUGAUCGUGAUUUGCUUCCUAAACUUCGGGUGGACUACCAAUUGACAUCUUACUUCCCAAUCUUUAAUGAGAUUGCGAAGAAUGUCACAAUUUCUCCUUGCGGGCUGAUUAAUGUGUUGACGCGUUUUGUGAUCUUCCUAAUUGAAAAACAUGGACCAGAGACGGGACUUAGAUCGUGGUCUAAUGGAAGUCAAGUUCUUGAUAUCUGUCGAACAAUGCUGGUGCAUCAUACCGGCUCUAGGAUUUUCCUCAGUCUAUAUCGACUCCUUGCAUUCACUUGCCUUUGUUUUCCCGAUCUCGAAGUUCGUGAUGACGCAAGGAUAUAUCUGCGGAUGCUCGUAUGUAUUCCAGGUAAGAAGCUCAAGCUCCUACUUAAUAAUGGUGUUCAACACACCGGCAUAGCAUCAUCUACUCAAUCUGGUUCGUAUUUCAAUGUACAUUCUCCUCGAGUAGCUCACGAUCCAAAGAAAUCAAGGACUCUUUCGUCAUACGUAUAUAUUGAUAGGACAAUACCGCUUCUCGUCACUCAAUUGUGGUCCUUGUCUUUACCGAGUUUCGGAACCAUGAGCGAAACACAAUCUCUUUUCGAGGGCAUCAAGGUGAUCGAACUCCCGGUUGACCAAUUGGAGCAUGACGGAACCUCAAACGAAAUAAUAGCACUCCCUUUGGAAAUUAAAACUAUCGAUUACCCCGGCCCUGGGAUCCCAUUACGGGUGAUGGAUUCCAAGAUAUCAGGCAUUAUUGAAACGUUGAGACAACAUUUCUCUUCCAUUCCCGAUUUCAAACAUGAUCGGGGUCUCAAAGUUACAAUACCUUGCACAUUGAAAUUCACAUCGGAGCAUUUCAAUCGCAUAUGGGGUAUUAACGAUGUGGAAGAAGAGCCCGCUAUGUACGCAAUUGUGGUCGCGUUUUCCUCUUCUGCACCGUACGGAGUUAUUCCGUCGUGCCAUAUACCUUUCCUUACCGGAUUACCCGUAGAAAACGACAACUAUACUUUCGAAGUACGUCGAACGAAGGGAGAACCUAUAACGAUCGAAUUGGAACCACGAGAGCCUGUCCCAGGGUUGAUUGACGUCUCGCUCGAAGCAAAUACAGAAAAUGGAGAAAUAAUUCGGGGGCGACUCGAGAACAUAACUGUAGGCAUGGAAGACAUGUUUCUUCAAGCUACAGUCCCAGCUGAUCUCCCAAACGAGGGCUCGGUCUCUGAAUAUUAUCUAGAGCUGUUCACGGCUCUAUGGGAAGCAUGUGGAUCCUCGAGUAACACCGGGAGAGAGACCUUCCCUUUAAAAGGUGGGAAAGUUGUGGUGGCGAUUAACGGAACCGAAUCCGUCAAACUAAUGGUAGUUUCUGCGAUUUCUUUAGUUCGAGCCGUCGAGAACCACUUGGCACGAUUUGUUGUGUCAGUUAGUGGGGAGUUUUUGAUCGGCAUGGUGAAGGGUUGUGGAAAUCUUAGCGAUAUUUUUUGGGAAGAUGUGUGUUCUUCUUCGGGUGGUUAUGAACUCGAAAGCGUUAAGGGGCCUCUUUUCUUGAAAUACACGGGAUUGGAAGAGGAUGAAGAAGAGGAAGAAAUGGGAAAGUAUGCAUUGGUUAGUAAGAAAGACCCGGGUUUGAUGAAGAUUAUGAUAUUCCUUCCUCCAAGAUAUCAUCUACUUCUUCAAAUAGAAGUUGGCGAAAGAUCGAGUUUGGUUCGGAUCCGAACUGAUCAUUGGCCAUGUCUAGCUUAUAUUGAUGACUAUCUUGAAGCUUUGUUUUCAUCUUAGUGUUGAUAUGUAACUUUUGUUGGAGUUUUGAAAUCCUUGUAUCUUUUUUGCUUACAUACAUUUAUCAUGUAUGCAUCAAGAAUGAGGUUUUUAUACAAACUUGUCAUCAUAUUUAAUAAGGAAAAAUGUUGAUUUUUUUU